AUGGAAUCUAUUUCAUCAAUUAAAGCUCUAAUUUUGUCUGGUGGACGUGAAUCUUUUGCUAGAUAUCCAAAAUGGGCCCAAACAUUCGAAAAUGAAAUUAAAUUUGAAUUUAAAACGCAUCAAUCAAACGCAAUAAUUCUUUAUACUGAUGAUGGAGCAAUAAAUCACAAUUUCCUUAUAAUUAGUAUACUUGAGAGUUAUAUUCUCGUUGAAUUCAGAAUUGGAGAAAUUGAAACUAUUCCACCUAAAAGGCACAAUAUUUAUUUGAUGGAAACUAAAGUAGAUGAUGGAAAGUGGCAUUAUUUUACUUUAUUUCAAGCUUGGGAGAAUAUUAAAAUUCAACUUGACGACGAAAUUGUAUUUUGUUUAUUAGACAAACAAAAAAGUUUUAUGCUUGGAAAUAUUCGAACAAAUUCUGAUAUUUUUGUUGGUGGCAUACCUAAAGAUGUCGAAAAACUCAGCGUUCCAUUAAGAAGAUAUUCUAAAAGAUUUGCUGGCUUGAUUCGUAAUUUAAUGUAUAGAAUAUAUCCACAAGGAAUGGCUGCACCUUUAAUGAUUGACUCUUUUGGUACUCGAAAAACUGACGAUAAUUAUUGUUUGAAAGAACACAAUUCAAAGCAUAUCAAAUCAAAAGAUGAAAAUAACUUUUGUUUAAAUUCUGGAUUGUGUUAUAGUGCAAAUAAUGGUCCUCGUUGUGAUUGUUUUUAUUCAGAUUAUGAAGGGAGAAGAUGUGAAAUUAGUGAGGGAAUUUAA